AUGGGAGGCUUGAACACAGAUAAAGGUAUAACAUCUGAACCUCCAGCAACAUCAACAUCCGAACCUGAAAUUUCAUUUCAGCCCCAAGCUGCUGCUGGUUUAAGCCCCGGAACUCUUGCUUCUCUUGCUGGUUGA